CCUGGUGUGAUCAGGUGUACCUAAUGUUGUGGUCCUCAAUUAGCCCCGCCUACUCGCGGAAGUGACUCGGCACAACUCCCACAUAAACUAUCUUUUCCGUACAUCUCCUGUACGCCAUUCGCCUUACUUCCGGCUGUGACGUGAAAAAUCCACGAUGUGUGAUUUUAAUUCUCGGGUGUUUUAAUAAUGACGGAACCCUCCUCCUCCUCCUCCUCCUUCAGUCGUCCUCGGUUGUGAUUGGCCUGCCCUCCGCGGGGUUGAGGAGCUCCACAGCUCCCGGGACGUCGUGGCGAGGACAGGCCGCGGAGCAGAGCAGUUAUCCGGGGCAGCUGAGGAGAGGAGAGGGCGGACGACGACGACGACGACGACGUUGUCGGAGGCGGGCGGUUCCAUCUUAACGGGGCGGACUGGCUCGUCUUAAAAGACGCUCGGCGGGCGGUCGCGACUGCUCACUCGCGUCGGUGUCGUCGUCGUGGGAGAGGAAGCUCACACCCCCGGCGUGGAGGCUGAGCUAAGCGGUCUACCUUUGCUGUGUGCAUCCAGUCAGCCAUGAUGUCUGUACAAACCCCUCCCCUCUCCCGUUCGGGCUCCUCCCCCUCCAAUGUGGGUCUGUCCAACCGCGGCGGUCCUUCUGCCACCCCUCCCACUUCCCUCAGCCUGCGCUCCUCAUACAACCAGCUGCUCGGGCGCGAUGUCAUCAAGGAGUCCGUCAACACAGAGGGCGGAGGUUCGGCCACUUUGCCCAAGAGCCGUCAGAGAUACACAAUGACGAGCGUUCGGAGCGUCAUGGGGAUAAGCGAUAACUUGUCAUCUAAAAAUCAACCAGCCAGCAGGGGCAGAGGCCUCCCCACUAAGUCCUCAUCCAGUUCAGCCCUCUACUCCUCGUCCUCCUCAUCUUCACUCUUCAACACGACCAACCCAAAACUGGCCAAGAAUGGGGCCAACCUGCAGAGGCGUGCUGAGAGUCAGCAGCAGGAGCUGAGCAAACUCCACAAUGAUCCCAUGGACAACUCCAACUCUGACUGGCCCGAGUUUGAAAAGGACAACUCGCAGCUUCCACCAUUCCGAAGAAGGACAAAGAGCUUCUUGGAGUACCAUGACAAGGGUUGGGACCUGAGCUGGGGAAACAAGGAGAACAAUGAGGAGAAGAAGCAGCUGCAGUCUUUCCCGGAGAAAGAGCAGCCAAGCCCGGUCAAGGAGAGAGAGAGUCAGAAGGAAGAGAAGACCAGCAGCAAGGAAGAUACUGUGCCAGAGGUGGAAGAAGAGGAAGAGGAUGAAGACCAAACACCACCUGCAAGACAGCCCCUCUUACCUGUAGUGGUGGAAGCCCCGCUUUGCUCCUCCUCUUCUUCAUCUACAAACAGCCCAGAGUGGGAAGCAGACAACCAAAUCCACAAUCAGGCUACAGCCCAGGUCCGAGAGGAGCACUGCGUACAGUUGCUGGGAAGUCCAAGGAGUCCCGCAAAGCCUCCUCGGAGCUCCCAGCCCAGGGUGAUCAAGGUGGAGCUGCACCCCAACAAUGAGAACCAGUUCCUGCAACAGUACCCUCCGUCCUCCCCUAAGCAGCCCAGGUCCAGUGAGAGGAACACCCCGACAAGGAACAGGGCUCCCCCUUCUGCCAUGCCUGAUCCCCAACCAGAGAUGGGUCUCCCAAAAGUCAGCUUAAGAAUGGAUCUGACUCCUGAUACGCCAUCAGAGGAUGAAGACUCCAGCUGGACCACCCUGUCCCAGGAGUCACCCACACCUCAAAGUCCACAAGAGACAGUAGCAGACGUUUGGGGUGAGGGGGACCUGCCCCCAGGCUGGCGGGAAAUCUCCGACUCAUCAGAGGUCUACUUCUGGCACAUACCCACCGGCACCACUCAGUACCACCGACCUGUUGCCUCCAGCACUCAGCCCAGCUGUGCCGACGAGGAGCCCGAGGCGGAGAACAAACCGCAACAGGAGACACACGACUCACUAAAACCACCCAACGAGCGUCCCAGCAGUCUCGUCUCAGACAGUUCCGUUGAACCCGUCCCCUCCCCUUCUGGCUCAUCCCCCACCUCCCUCUCCUGCAGCCCCUCCAAUGAUGUCAUCUCUUCUGCACUGAAUCUCAGCAGCGCCACCUGCACUGUCAAUGAGUUAAAGGACUAUUCAAUGUAUCCUGACCCCAGCCUGAAGGCCUUUGAAGGGGCCACCCUUCGCUAUGCUUCACUCAAACUCAACCCUGCAGCGCCAUUGGAGACCGUGGACCUCAACAAUACCUUCCCUGAUGGAGAAGCAAUGUCAUUCCCAGUGCGCUCCUUGGGCUGGGUGGAGAUGGCCGAACAAGACCUGUGUGAGGGGAGAAGCAGUGUGGCGGUCCAUCACUGUAUCAGACAACUGUCCUACUGCAGGAGAGACAUUCGAGACUCGGCUGGAGUCUGGGGAGAGGGUAAAGGGAUGCUGCUGGUGCUUCAGGAGCGCAUGUUGAAUCUCGUCGACCCGGAUGAUCGAAGCCUUCUCCACUCUCAGCCAAUCAGCAACAUUCGCGUGUGGGGGGUCGGCCGGGACCAUGACAGGGACUUUGCCUAUGUGGCGAGGGACAAGAACACGCGGGUGCUGAAGUGUCACGUGUUCCGAUGUGAUACGCCUGCCGCAGCCAUCGCCACCAGUCUCCACGAAAUCUGCUCCAAGAUUAUGGCUGAAAGGAAAAGUGCCAAAGCUGCAGCUGGCAGCUCCUCCCAGACUGGCUCUGAUGUGCCCUUGCAAGAGUUCCCCAUGCCAAAGACGGAGUUGGUGCAGAAGUUCCACGUGCUCUACUUGGGUAUGACGUCAGUGUCUCGGCCCAUAGGUAUGGACAUCAUAAACGGGGCUAUUGACAGCCUGGUGUCCUCCACAGGCAAGGAGGAGUGGACCCCCGUGAUUCUCAGCAUCGCUGACACCACUCUGGCCGUUAUCAAGGAGAAGGAGGAGGAAGAAGAGGUUCUGGUAGAGUGCCGGGUCCGCUUUUUGUCCUUCAUGGGUGUUGGGCGGGACAUCCACACGUUUGCUUUCAUCAUGGACACUGGAAGCCAACACUUCCAGUGUCACAUCUUUUGGUGUGACCCCAAUGCCGGAUGCGUGUCUGAGGCUGUGCAAGCAGCGUGUGUGCUGCGGUAUCAGAAGUGUCUGGUGGCGCGGCCGCCCUCGCAACGCGCCGGUACCUCGUCCUCUCCCGCCGCCGACCCCGUGACCCGCCGGGUGAGCACCAGUGUGAAGCGCGGCGUCCAGUCUCUCAUAGACACUCUGAAACCCAAGAAGCAGCCGUCGGAACUCCCCCAGCAGUGACCCGGCCGCCCCCCGCACAAGUGAGCACAGCACCUCCCGGACCAAGCCGCCCCUCCGUCGCCAUGGUAACCAGUGAUGUACAUACAUGUUAGCUGAACAAGAAGGUGUUUUUAAUGCAGAGGAACACUUAUUCGGACCGGGAUGAUGCUCGACUGUCUCCAAAAUGACCCCAAUCAGAUGGAAGCUUCUGAAUUUGCUGCGUUUAAGAGGAAAGGCUUCUUGAUGGAAGCCAUUGUAACAAUAAUCCAACACGAAAUGAAUCUAGAGGAAGGCAGAACAUAUGUAGAUAGAAGAGAGUGAUGGCGUUUUGAUCCUGCAUGUAAUCUUGGCGGUUGUUGAGAAUGGCGUAUUAACGAGAAGAGAAGUACAGCACAAGUCGCCACUUGACCGUAAAUUGAUGCACAUCGGCACAAAAAAAAAAUAACAUAAUAAUCAUCGUCGACUCACUCAAAUUAAAAAUGUUCCAUGUGUUUUAUAGGAGUUCCUUUCUUUUGCUUUGGUACGUGGUCUCCUGGCUACAAGUCGACACGUCACUCUGUCCUCAGGAAUCUUUAUGCACACAUUUAUACGCCGUCAACAGAGGUCAGAUGUGAAGAAGUCAACUGCCUGCUUGGUUCCGCUUUGGUCAGAGAGUCCAAAAGUCUGACGCCACCGCUCUUAAAGGGUCGGUGUCGUGCGAAAUUCUGUAUCCCUGAAAUAUCCUGUGUCCCCUGCCGCGGGAGUCGCGCUUGGGGGCGGAGCUCUGUGCCUUGUUCAGACAUAUCCGCGUUAUUAGCGAUGUCAAUGAUUAUAAAUAUUAUGUAUCCCCGACUAACUUUUUUUGUGAUUAAUAGCAUGAGUCCAAAUUCACAAGUUUUCUUGUUGAUGAUGCUAAGUAUCUACAGAAAAAAACAUGUUAGGCCAGGGGUCGGCAACCCAAAACGUUGAAGGAGCCAUAUUGGAUCAAAAAUACAAAAAACAGAUCUGUCUGGAGUAGGGGUGUAACGGUACACAAAAAUGUCGGUUCGGUACGUACCUCGUGCAUCGGUUGGGGGGGGUGUAUAUUGUAGCCGGGAAGAGUUAGGGCUGCAUGGGAUUCUGGGUAUUUGUUCUGUUGUGUUUGUUUAUGUUGUGUGACAGACGCAGAAGGAGAUUUUCACAAAAAAGUUCUAAAGCUUAGAUAGGUGGGUUUAUUUUUUUACCCUUCGCGUUCAUAUUUUGCUGUGUUUUGUUACAUUUUUGUUGCGUUUCGCUUGAUUGUAAAAAAUUUGAUCGAAAGGCUGUAUGACGAAGCUCGAAGACUUCUAUGGAAAUGCAAGAACCGAGACUCAGAUUUCCCUCGCCCGGACGCGGGUCACCGGGGCCCCCCUCCGGAGCCAGGCCCGGAUUUGGGGCACGAUGGCGAGCGCCUGGUGGCCGGGCCUGUCCCCAUGGGGCCCGGCCGGGCACAGCCCGAAGAGGCAACGUGGGUCCCCCCUCCAAUGGGCUCACCACCCAUAGCAGGGGCCAUAGAGGUCGGGUGCAAUGUGAGCUGGGCGGUAGCCGAAGGCAGGGCACUUGGCGGUCUGAUCCUCGGCUACAGAAGCUAGCUCUUGGGACGUGGAACGUCACCUC